UUCAAUUAUUGUCUGAACAUAAAUACUUUUCUUUUAUAAUACUUAAGUAGAAAUUUAAUUGUGAAGCCUUAACUAUUACAGUCAACGAGUUUGAUGUUUCAACUUUCUUCUCACCUUUAUGUAACGAUUAUAUGUCAACGAUCAACGAAAACCCACGAUCCCGAGGUUCCAGGCCCGAGGACGAGACUCGUCCUUGGCGGUUGUGUUUCCUGCUCAAAAGUUUCGUGUAUUUCGUAUGCAAUCUGUUUCAUUUAGAUGUAUGUUUUAUAUAGGUGUUACGAACGAGACGUAAACACAUGUGCUGCUGAUGUGAUAUGUGCCGCAAUAUAAUAUAAUUUUAGCGACUCGAACUCAUUAAGAUAAAAGGAUUUUUAAAGGCCUAAAUUCAAAGUUGAUGCACGUAGGUUUAUCUCUCGACACAGUGAAAUAAAAAGUAGUGCACUUAGUGAGUGACGACUAUGGAGGUAUGAGUGGAGGGGCGUUGGUCUAGAGGAGUGGCUCGCUAUACAUCAGCCUAGCUGUAGAUGUGCAGCUUGUCAGCGUUGGCGCGCGGCUGCCGGCCCGCCGCCAAGCCGUGCUGCCUGUGCUGGUGCUGCUGCUGUUCGUGUUCCUGGGCCAAGUGGUUGGCGGCUCGCGGUGCCGACGGCGGCCCCGGUAAAAGCCGAGAGCCUGGACCCCACGAGCCUCUGCUCCUCGACGGGGACGCGCCACCGACGCUCGAGGAAAUCCAGAGCUGGGGUCAAUCGUUUGAUCGUUUGAUGAGAAGCGCAGCCGGACGUAAAGUGUUUCGCGACUUUCUGCGCGGCGAGUACUCCGAAGAAAACAUUAUGUUUUGGCUGGCCUGUGAGGAGUUGAAGAGAGAAGUGGACCCUGACGCCGUGGAGGAGAAGGCGCGCUUCAUCUACGAAGAUUACAUCUCCAUACUCUCGCCUAAAGAGGUUUCCUUGGACUCCCGCGUCCGAGAGACAGUGAACCGCAACAUGGUGGAGCCCACGCCACACACUUUCGACGAGGCGCAGCUGCAGAUUUACACCCUCAUGCACCGCGACUCGUACCCGCGCUUCGUGAACUCUCCUCUCUACAAGGCUCUGGCGCGCAUGUCGGCCGGCUCUCCUUCCGCGCCGCCCGCUCAGAGCGCUCAGAGCACACAGAGCGCGUCCGUUGGCGACGCCAAGUGACGCCGGCGUCGCCUCGUGCGAUGAUUCGAACUGCGUGUCUUCUAUCCUGUAAAUAAUAAAUCCUCGACAUACUUAUAUUAUUAUUAUUAUUAUUAUACUUAAACGGGUACUAAUUUUGUACAUAGUUAGGUUAAAAUAAGAGUAGGUGAGGCGCGCGCGGCCGCCGCCGCGGCAACUUCGCUGGUCCACCGCCGCCUGCGCCCCGCUCUAAGGCUCGUCUCUCCUCGUCUUUUUUCCCCUUCCCCCCUCCCCCUCCUCCUCCUCACUUCACGCUGAGACCUCCCUCGAGGCUCCGCCGUGGUUCCUUCCGCAGCCUCCCUCCCCUCGUCCUCGAGUAUUGCACGCGUCUUUUAGUUAGAAGCAAUAAAAGGUGGACCAAUUAAGUUUGCCAGUGAGUCAACGAAUAAAUCUGUCAUGGAAA